AUGGUGAGCUUUACUAGUUCAGCUGUAAAGUUCGGCCGCAUGUCCAAAAAGCAGAGGGACAGCUUGUACGCGGAGGUGCAGAAGCAUCGGAUGCAGCAGCAGCAGCGGGACCACCAACAGCCCCCUGGAGAAGCCGAGCCGCUGACCCCGAGCUACAGCAUUGCGGCUAAUGGGCUGACAGACCUGCAUGAGGACCUCGGCAAUUACAUCGACGGGCACCCGCCGGAAGGUAGCAAAGCCGACACUGCGGUUAGCCGCUUCUACCUGGACAUGCAGCCUUCUCCAGACCAGUCGGGGCUUGAUAUUAACGGCAUCAAACCAGAACCCAUCUGUGACUACGCACCCGCAACGGGCUUCUUUCCAUAUUGCUCCUUCACCAAUGGAGAGACGUCUCCUACUGUGUCCAUGGCAGAAUUAGAGCAUCUUGCACAGAAUAUUUCUAAGUCACACAUGGAAACCUGCCAGUACCUGAGGGAAGAAUUACAGCAGAUAACGUGGCAAGCUUUUCUACAGGAAGAAAUCGAGAACUACCAGAGCAAGCAGAGAGAGAUAAUGUGGCAGUUAUGUGCAGUGAAGAUAACAGAAGCAAUACAGUAUGUCGUGGAGUUUGCCAAACGCAUCGAUGGCUUUAUGGAACUAUGCCAAAAUGAUCAAAUUGUGCUUUUAAAAGCAGGGUCUCUAGAAGUCGUGUUUAUCAGAAUGUGCCGUGCCUUUGACUCUCAGAACAACACAGUAUACUUUGAUGGCAAAUAUGCUGGCCCUGAUGUAUUCAAAUCAUUAGGCUGUGAAGAUUUCAUUAGUUUCGUAUUCGAAUUUGGGAAGAGUUUAUGUUCUAUGCACCUUACUGAAGACGAGAUUGCAUUAUUCUCAGCAUUUGUUUUACUAUCUGCAGAUCGAUCGUGGCUUCAGGAAAAGGUAAAAAUAGAAAAGCUCCAGCAAAAAAUCCAGUUCGCGCUUCAGCACGUGCUGCAGAAAAACCAUCGUGAAGAUGGAAUAUUAACAAAGCUAAUAUGCAAAGUGUCUACCUUAAGAGCACUGUGUGGACGACAUACAGAGAAGCUUAUGGCGUUCAGAGCAAUAUAUCCAGACAUUGUGCGACUUCAUUUUCCUCCCUUGUACAAGGAGCUGUUCACCUCAGAGUUUGAGCCAACGGUGCAGAUGGAAGGGUAAAGGUAU